CAGAUCGCACCAAAUUCCUUUACUUGACCACCGUCGGCCGCCUCUCCCUCAGGUAGACGCCGGGACGAGCCGCGGAAAGUCUUCUCUCCAGACCUGCACCUCCUUUCCGUCAUCCAUCAUGGCAGCGAACGGCACGGCAGACAUCUUGAGCUCCGCCUAUCUGGCGGUGGAGUACGUAGACGCGGCUCUGCCUGAAAACCCCUUCCAGCCGUCUCUUAAGCACGCCUGGGGCUACAUGCUGGACAACUACACCAAGUUCCAGAUCGCCACCUGGGGGUCGCUCAUCGUCCACGAGUUCAUCUACUUCCUCUUCUGCCUGCCCGGUUUCGUCUUCCAGUUCCUGCCCUUCAUGCAGAAAUACAAGAUCCAGCAGGACAAGCCAGAGACGUGGGAGAAACAGUGGAGAUGUUUCAAGAUGCUGCUCUUCAACCAUUUUUGCAUCCAGCUGCCUUUGAUCUGUGGGACUUACUACUUCACCGAAUUCUUCAACAUCCCCUAUGACUGGGACUCUAUGCCACGCUGGCCCUACCUCUUGGCUCAGUGCUUCGGCUGCGCUGUCGUCGAAGACACUUGGCACUACUUCCUGCACCGCCUGCUGCAUCACAGACGAAUCUACAAAUACAUCCACAAAGUCCACCACGAGUUCACCGCUCCAUUCGGGAUGCAGGCGGAAUACGCUCAUCCCGCUGAGACCAUCAUCCUAGGUGCCGGCUUCUUCAUCGGCAUCAUGAUCUUCUGUAACCACGUCUUCUUCCUCUGGGCCUGGGUGGCCUUCCGCCUGAUGGAGACCGUCGAUGUCCACAGCGGCUACGACAUCCCUCUGAACCCGCUCCACCUCAUCCCGUUCUACGCCGGCGCCCGUUUCCACGACUUCCACCACAUGAACUUCGUGGGGAACUACGCCUCCACCUUCACCUGGUGGGACAAGCUGCUGAACACAGACAACCAGUACAACAAGUACAUGCAGAAACAAGGAGACAAGAAGGAGCAGUAAGCGUCUCCGCUCGUACAAACACACGCCUGUUCUGCCGGGAAAGAGGCGGCGAGUCGUACAGACGAACUCUCACGUCCUCUGUACGCCUAAUGAAGCUCACAUACACACUCAGAGGUGUGUGAAAAACCAAUCAGCUCUGAAUCUGACUGCGUGUUGACUUCACCCGCUGUGCCUUUCGAGAAAAACAAAGUACUGUUUGCUUUUGUCAACAGCUGCUGGCUGAAUAAAAACCAUCAACAUCCUCUUUUUGAUUAACUGAUGUCCUCGUUAUCAGAUGGAAGAAGUCCUACCCUGUUGCUGUCUUGCGAAAUGUUUCUGUAAACCUCUGAAUGUCUCAGCACUUUAGCACUUCCUCUUGAGUUGAUCCGAGUCACGAUGACGCAGACUUCACGUCCGGCGAUCCCUGAAACUAAAUUUUGAUGAAAGGGAGUUGCCUGUAGGUUGUUGAAGCCUUUUUUAUUUAAGGCUGUAACAGCGAUUAAAUGCUGAAACCUCGACAAUGUUCUUUAUUCUUUCUGUUUUGUCAUGUAAAAAUAAAAUAUGUGGAAUAAAUGUAAACACGG